AUGUCAAGAUCUUUUCAAAUUGCUGAUUAUUUGCUAGGAAAGAUUGAUCUUAUUCCAAAUUAUUUGUUUGGGAUUGCAAUUGAAGCAAGAUCAUUAGAAUUUGUACAAAAUUUACUCAAGAAACAAAAUUUACCAGAAAAUAUUAGCAAUGGAAGAUCACUUUUAUUCUGGAUCAUUAUUCAUUAUGAUAAGGAUAUAUUUUCCUUAUUAGUCAAACAUGUCACAGAUUUUCAGGAACAAUUCACCUAUAAUGAAACUUUAAUGAAUCCUCUCAUUUUUGCCAUAUCUCUCAUGCGCGGAAAGGAAUGCAUUCAAAUUUUAAUUGAUAAAUGUUUAAUACAUGAUUAUUCUGAUGUAUUGAUCAAAACUGCAGAAAUGGCAAUAAGAAGUGAUGAAUGGUAUUAUAAUGAAAUCCUUGAGUUACUCCUUAAAUUCAAACCCAUCGAUCAUGAAAUUGAAAUGAAAAUAUUUCAAUUUGCCAAGGCAAAUAAUAAUCAAGAUCUGAUCAGAAUAAUGCUAAACUCUGAUCGUAAUAAUAUAGUUAAAAGUAUUCUUGAAGAAAAGAAUUACAAACUUGAAGAUGAAUAUGGUUAUAGAUACAUCAGUUCAAAUGAAAAGAUCCAUUCUGAAGUUUUUCUUAAGCUAAAAAGAAAUAGAUUUGAUAUUGAUGGAUUUGACGAAAAUGGAUUUGAUACUAUUGGAUUUGACAGAGCUGGUUUUGAUAAUGAAGGUUUUAAUAGAAAUGGAUUUGAUAAAGAUGGAUUUGGUAGAGAUGGAUUUAAUAAAAAAGGAUUCAAUAGAGAUGGAUAUGACAAAUUUGGUUACGAUAAAUAUGGAUAUGAUACUCUGGGAUACGAUAGAAAUGGAUAUAAUAUAGAUGGAUACGAUAGGGAUGGAUUUGGUAGAGAUGGAUAUGAUAUGUAUGGCUAUGAUAGUGAAGGAUUCGGUAGAGAUGGAUACAAUAGAGGUGAUAUUUAUAAAUAUGACUCAGAUUACUAUCAUAGUCGUAAUUCGAGACGUCGUCAUUAUUAUGGAAUGUAUGAUUACGAUAAUGAUAGAUUUUACGAUUUUUAUUAA